GCCUGAUGUGGGACUCGAUCUAGGACUCUGGGAUCAUGACCUGAGCCGAAGGCAGUCGCUUAACCAACUGAGCCACCCAGGCGCCCUGGAUUAGGCAUAUAGAGGAGGAAACCUCAUAAAGCCUGUCACCUUUGUAGGAGUUUAACGAAUACAGUAUUCUGAGAAGGAUGAUGGUAGAGUAAUGGAGGUGGAUAAACAAGUGGGCAUUUGGGCAAAGAGAAGUCUGAGAAUCCCUAGGAUGACCUGAGAAAAUGCAGUGGCAAAACAACUUUGCACGCAAAUUCGUCCUCUUCAACUGAUUUAAUAAUGCAGUACUUGUAAAUGAGAGGGUGCUUUAUGCAUUUCUGUUCCCAUAAUGAGAUUCGGUGAGUACAAAGAUAGUCCUCAAGUCAAAGGUACCACUGGAGGAAUCCCGUGUUUCAGAGAAAUGAGGUUGAAUGGCUAGCAGUUUGUUGGCUGGAUCACUGAAAUAGCCUCUCUCCAGCAUGACACAACUGUUAAAAUUAGGAACUUGAUGUUGACUGGUGCUAUUCUCUGUUCACAAUUCAGUUUCUUUGUAAUCUUGUAGUGGAAAAAGCACAUGUCAUGAAAGUGAUAAAUUUGGUUUGGAGUCCCAAUUUCCACUAGUUGUGGGAUGAUAGACCCAUUAUGUAAUGAGCCUUUACUGGUAGAGUGACCCACCCUUGAAUUUGAGUACAUUAUCUUUACCAAUGAAUGGCACAAUCUUGGGGCUAUUCUUUCCUUCCUAUCUCCAGUUCCUAGUACAGUAAUUUACAGUAUUCAGUUCUGGUUAAAUGACUUCCAGUUCAGUGCUUCCAAUUACUUGUUUUAAUGUUUAAUGGGCCUUGGGGGAAAUACCCCAAUUUUCAAUUUUUUUUUUUACAGUUCCUCAUGGCCUAGAUUGAAGGUAGAGUUUCCUUAAUGGCAAGGAUCCACCUGGUCUCUUCCUGGGUUAAAUGCAGUUACAAUUCUUGCGGUUUUGUUUGUUUUUUGUUGCAGUUUUUGUGUUUUUUCUUUUUUAAGUAGGCUCCACACCCAAUGUGGGGCUUGAACUCACUACCCAGAGAUCAGGAGUCACAUACUGUACUGACUGAGCCAGCCAGGCGCCCCUAAUUCUUGUUUUGUUUUAUAGAAGUUAAGGGAUGGGGUUGAAUAGGAACGAAUAUAUUGAUUUUCUAAGAAAUGACUAGUAAAGAAAUGGUCCUAAAAUUGGUGACUGAGGAUAAAAAGUAAAAAUGAAAAUUAUAUUCCAUUCAUCUUUACACAGAGGGCUAAACCAUUAAAGGUUCUGCAUCAGAUUGUUUAAGCCACCUGGCACCCAGUGUGGAUGCCUAUCUUUAAGGUGAGUAACUGAAUUAAAGAGAAACGACCUCAUUCCACCAUCGCCUUACAACACCCACGGGGCUUCCUACAGCCCAACUCACGUGGUCCGCUAAACGGCACUUACUGGCAGGCUUUGCGCUUUGAGACGCGAUGGCCGCGAUGCGGUUCUCCUCCGCGGUGAACUGUAGGGCGAUGCUAGCCAAUCAAAACUUCCGCCGGCGGCGAGGGGCGGAGCUGGUGCAGGGUGGAGACGUCACGUACUCCAUGGUAACGACGCUCGGCCCGAAGAUGGCGGCCGAGUGGAAGGGAGUAGCAGGUUCCUCCGGUUCAGGCCCUGGCCCUAGCCAGUGGCGCUGGAGUAGGUCUUUGUGGGUCCGAGGCGUUUUACUCCUGUUGGGCGGCCUCUGGGCAAGGUCCACAUCAGUUCCUCUCUCCUUGGACAGUUCCCCUCCCUGCCGGCACCACGUCCCCUCUGAGACUGAGGUCAUAAAUAAGGUUCAUCUUCAGGCAAAUCAUGUUGUAAAAAGAGAUGUUGAUGAACAUUUAAGAAUCAAGACUGUCUAUGAUAAAAGUAUUGAUGAAUUGCUCCCUGAGAAAAGAUACCUUGUAAAGAACAAACUUUUUCCACAAGCUAUUUCUUAUUUAGAGAAGACUUUCCAGGUUCGUAGACCUUCAGGCACUAUCCUACUUAGCAGACAACGUGCAACCAACCGAUACCUACAGAAGGAAAAUGAUCCUCAUAGAUACUGUACUGGGGAAUUUGCAGAGCAUACAAAAUGCGGCCCAGUUAUAGUGCCUGAGGAGCACCUCCAGCGAUGCAGGGUCUGCCGUGGGGGCAAGUGGUCCUGUGUAGCAGUGGGUGUACAAGACCAAGAGGGCGUCCGGGAUGCAGACUUUGUUCUGUAUGUUGGUGCUCUGGCCACCGAGAGGUGCAGCCAUGAAAACAUCAUCUCUUAUGCAGCCUAUUGUCAACAGGAAGCAAAAAUGGACAGGCCAAUAGCAGGAUAUGCUAACCUGUGUCCAAAUAUGAUCUCUACCCAGCCUCAGGAGUUUAUUGGGAUGCUGUCCACAGUAAAACAUGAGAUUAUUCAUGCCCUGGGAUUCUCUGCUGGUCUAUUUGCAUUUUACCAUGAUAAAGAUGGAAAUCCUCUAACUUCAAGAUUUGCAGAUGGUCUCCCACCUUUUAAUUAUAGUCUUGGACUAUAUCAGUGGAGUGAUAAAGUAGUUCGAAAAGUGGAGAGAUUAUGGAAUGUUCGAGAUAAUAAGAUCGUUUCUCACACUGUGUAUCUUCUAGUAACACCUCGUGUUGUCGAUGAAGCACGAAAACAUUUUAACUGUCCAAUUCUGGAGGGAAUGGAACUCGAAAAUCAAGGUGGUAUGGGCACUGAGCUCAAUCAUUGGGAAAAGCGGUUAUUAGAGAAUGAAGCAAUGACUGGCUCUCACACCCAGAACCGAGUCUUCUCUCGAAUCACUUUGGCAUUAAUGGAAGAUACUGGCUGGUAUAAGGCUAAUUAUAGUAUGGCCGAGAAGUUAGACUGGGGCCGAGGAAUGGGCUGUGACUUCGUCAGGAAGAGCUGUAAAUUCUGGAUUGACCAGCAGAAACAAAAGAGGCAGAUGCUGAGCCCUUUCUGUGACACACUCAGAAGUAAUCCAUUGCAGUUAACUUGCAGACAGGACCAGAGAGCAGUUGCAGUGUGUAAUUUGCAGAAGUUUUCAAAACCUUUACCUCAAGAGUACCAGUACUUCGAUGAACUAAGUGGAAUACCUACAGAAGAUUUGCCUUAUUAUGGUGGUUCAGUAGAAAUCGCUGACUACUGCCCUUUCAGUCAGGAAUUCAGUUGGCAUUUAAGUGGUGAAUAUCAGCGCAGCUCAGAUUGUAGAAUAUUGGAAAAUCAACCAGAUCGUUUUAAAAACUAUGGUGCUGAAAAGUAUGGACCUCAUUCAGUUUGUCUAAUUCAGAAAUCAGCAUUUGUCAUGGAAAAGUGUGAGAGGAAGCUGAGUUACCCAGACUGGGGGAGUGGAUGUUAUCAGGUUUCUUGUUCUCCUCAAGGUCUGACAGUUUGGGUUCAGAACACUUCAUAUUUGUGUAGUCGAGCUGGGCAGGUCCUCCCCGUCAGUAUUCAGAUGAAUGGCUGGAUUCAUGAUGGUAACCUGCUCUGCCCAUCAUGUUGGGACUUCUGUGAGCUCUGUCCUCCAGAAACUGAUCCUCCAGCUACUAACUUGACCCGAGCUCUACCACUAGAUCUCUGUUCCCGUUCCUCUAGCCUCGUGGUCACCCUCUGGCUUCUGCUAGGCAAUCUAUUUCCUCUGCUGGCUGGAUUUCUUCUGUGUGUAUGGCACUAGAAAUGGAAAAGUGAAUUCUCAAGACAUUCUUUUGUGUCACGUUCCUCUGAACAAAGCACAAAAUCUGGGAGAGUGCCAGCCUAGGCAGAUGGCAGAAGUGGCGUUCCUGACUUUGGGUUGGAAGCGUUGACCACAAUCAGACCUUGAAGCAGAACUUCACAGCAGUCACUCUUCAGCAGCAGCCCAGCAGCCUCAGAGCUUGGAGGAGGAAAAGGAAUUCUAAGUCACCACGUCUUUAUUUGUCAGGAUAUAUAACCUGCCUGAAGUUUGCCUUUGAAAAUGGGAUAAUUGGUGAAAUUUUCAGAGUGAUUACAUACCCCAGCAUUUUCAUUAACCUAAAGUGAUGGGAAAGUUCAUCAGUACUGCAGUAAUUUUUUAAAAUGGCUAUUACAAGAUUAUAAAUUGUGGAUCCUGUCCUCAAAAGUAUAAAUUGUCCUUUGACUUACAGAUAGUAAUUGAAUUGGGUUUCUACAUCACUAUUAUAUCUUUAUUGAAUUUAAUGGCUGUGCCUGGUACACUUAAAUCAUUGUUCUCAUUGUUCUAAAAGGUGUUUUUUUUUUAAAUUAUGUUUUGCUAAAUCUUAUGAUUUAACCGUGCUUGCCUUUUUCAAACCAGCUCUGUUGCAGUUUACUACUGAACGAUUACACGUUGGUAGCCCUUCCAGUUGUAUCUCCAGUAGUUUAAUCAUGACUUGAAAAACUGUGGACACAGAGAGAGAAAAAUACUCUGCCCUGUAAAAACAUUGAAGACAUGCAAACAGAAGAAAACAUAAUUGUAUGUUUUUCAGAUAAUAAUUUUGACAACUGUAACCCAACAAAAAUAGAACUAUUCCUUUUUGACCAAUGAAGAUAAAAAGAAAUUAUGGUACUGCGUAGAGAGAUAUGCAGUUAUUUUCAAGUGGGCUAAGAAAUUGUUACAGAACAAUUUCUACUAUCUGAAAAUUAUAUAUAAGAAGAAAAAUAUAAGUCAAAACAAGGUGGUCUGAAUUGUUUACUAAUAGCAAAGUGUAGGUUUGUAGUAGGGCCUAUUCAGUAGGACUCCCUUUACCCACAACAUAAGCCUCAGUCCACAGAAGUCAGAAAAUUGCCUGUGCUUUAAAAGGAGGUGAUGUUCUUGACGCAAUGUGAUUCCUGCCCAAUGCUCUCAAUGUCAAAGUGAAGAUGUUCAGUGAAGCGCAAGUAAAUGGCAGGAGCAACUAUGACUCUCUUAAGGUAGCCAAAUGCCUCAUCUAAUUACUAAUGCAUAUGAAUGGAUGAACGAGAUUCCCACUGUCCCUACCUACUAUCUAGAGAAACCACAGACCAAGGAACAGACAAAAAAACAAAACAAAACAAAACAAAACAGAAACAAACUAUAAAAGGAGGUGAUAUGUUUUGCUUCCUGCUUUUGACACUCCUCCCGUUACCAAAUAGAUUCUCAUCCUCAGAAGCAAUUCUCCUCUGGUACUAGAGCUUACCCCCGCUCUUAGUAAUUCCAAUUUGAAAUUUUUUAAUGAUGAGUAAUGCCCAGUUGUUCUCUCUAAAGCUAAUGAAGUCCUGUGGCAUUAUAAACAUAACUCCUGGACAAUAUUUUUUCAUUCAUUCAUUCAUUCAUUCAUUCAUUUAUUCAUUUGCCUUUUAAUUCAGCAUAUAGUUAUUGAGCACUCCAUUUAAGAGAUUAUGCUAAGUGAGCAAGCAGUAUAAUUAUUAAAAAGUAAUUCCAACUGACUAUUUGGUAUUGGAGCCAAACUGCAACCCCAGCAUAGAGGAAAGUCACCUUUUUCUAAAGCAUAAAUUUUAAAUAUGUAUUUGCAUGCAGUUUUAAAUUGGAGGUAUUUGUCAUUGUAAAAAAAGUGGGGGUCGCUAGCAUAGCCGACUUCAGCUCAAGAGAAGUUAAUAGUAAUGGUGUCAGGCCAGUGCUCAGUUUUCUGCCUUUGUCACACAUUGCUUUAAAAGUCAGAGAAAAGUAUAGAGUAUAUUUUUAAAGAAAAUUAUAAAACUCUAAACUUACAUAUCAACUGUGAUUAUGAAUCAUCCUGCAAAGUUGUAAAAAGAAUUUCACCAAAAAUAUGAUGGAUAAUCUAUUUGAGAUUCACAGUGGGAGGUUCAAUUAUAUUUUGACUGUUGUGCAGUAACGCCAUUUAGGUAGUAUUGUUUCCAAGCAUGGUGCUUUUUAUACUUGAAAUAUAUUUUUGCUUUGUUUUUUAAUGAUAUAAUUAUAUUUGCACUAAUGACUUUCUGGAGAAAAUAUUAUAGAUGACAUUUUUUCUAUAUAUAUUUAUUAAGCUUGGAAUCUGAUACCCUAGUGUUUUCUCUGCACAAAUAAGGAACUUGAUAAGGUAUGAGGCUAAGAAAUCUUGAGUCUCUGAGGGUAACUAACAGCUCUAGUGUCUUCCUUCCUCUUCAACAAGUCUUGAGAGUGGUUGCUUAUCACUUAUUCUUCCUAGUGUACUCCGUGAAGACUUAGAAGGCCACUGAACCUGUAAGAAAUGUUAAGAGGAACAUUUGAGUCACUUAGAAUAUGACCAUAUUCUAAAAGCAGACUUAAAAUCUGAAAUUUCAGUGCAGAAUUAGUGGGCUAGAAUUCAGCUUUGAAAUGAAGAAUUCGAAAUGGCCUCCUGUGGUAGGAUGCCUUUUAUGUUAACAAAACCAGUUCACUGAGAAGACUAGCAGACUGCAGCCAUGGUGGAGGUGAGGUGGGACACGGAAGGAGAAUAAGGAGUAGCCGAUUUGGGGACAGUAGACUAGAGUCUCUUUCUUACUCGAAAAGUGUGGAGUGCAUAUAAAAAACGGACUAGACUACCUCAGUUUUCAGUUCAGAUUUAGGUUCAUUUUGAUAGUAUUAAGGUCCCAAUUGUUAAAAAUUAACAAGUGAAUUUGUCUCUCAGGUUUUCAAGAACAGAAUUUACAGGAAGGCAGCAAAAGCCAUGUCAGCAGACUUGAGCUGACAGCUUUAAAGAAACUGGCAAGCUGUUAGGGUAGUCUUAAGGUAGACCUGUCUAAUAUUCUCCUGAAGAACAUCCUUUUCCCUUACUUAUUUCUCAAGGAUAUUUAUUUUUGUUAAGAACAAAUAGACAUUCUUAAAAUGUUAUAAAUUAUGCUUGAAAUUAGUUUUAGCCUAGUAUGUUGGCUUAGAGUUUAUCAGUAUUUGAAGAUGAAACAUAAAUUAGUGAAGUUUAAAUGGCUUUAGGAAGAUACAUGAAUAAACAUAUCUGAGUAUUCCAUUAAAUUUUAUCAAUAUUCUCCUCAAUAUUAGAAGAGCAACUGUAAAAUGACUAUGACUAGCUGCUUUCUCAGAUUCUUUUACCUCUAAUAUUCUAUGACUAACACUCAUUCAGACUCGGUAGGUCACUGCUGGCUCUGAUCUGCUUCCUCGAGUAUGCCAGCUUGCACGUCAUGUUCAUCACGGUCUUGUGCUCAGUGCCGUAGCGCUGUCCACGUCCUUGGACUGGAGAGAGAAGAGCCAUUUCUGAGGGCAUUUGAGCCAUCCUGGUAAAGGAGGUGGACUUUAGUCAUAGCCCCACAGACCCAUUUCAUAGUGGUCACUAGAACAUUCAUGCCAUGUUCUUGCAGCCCUGGAGGACGAAUAUAUUAAAGUCUGUGCUACUCAUUCUGAAGAAAGAACUUACCUGAAAGGAUGACGACUUCUUCUUCUUCUUCUUCUUCUUCUUCUUCUUCUUCUUCUUCGUCUUCGUCUUCGUCUUCGUCUUCGUCUUCGUCUUCGUCGUCGUCGUCUUCUUCUUCUUCUUCUUCUUCUUCUUCUUCUUCUUCUUCUUCCUUCUUCUUCUUCCUUCUUCUUCCUUCUUCUUCUUCUCUCCUUCUUCUUCUUCUUCUUCCUCUUCCUCCUCUUCCUCCUCUUCUUUCUUUUUUCUUCUUUCUUCUUUCUUCUCUUCUACUCCUAUCUUCUUCUUUCUUCUCCUUCUCCUUCCUUUUUUUGUUGAUACAUUCAGUCAGGAUAGGGAAGGAGUGAUGAAUUAUUUUCUUUUAUGUUUACAUUUUUGGUAAAUAGAAGAUUUAAGAACUAAUCUUUAUUUGUGUUAUUGAACUCUAAGUGUAAUGUAUUCCUUAGUAAAAAAAAGAAACAACUUCAAUAAAAA